AUGCCGCCUCAACCAGCACAACCAAUUAGGGAAUACACCUGGUACCGUGAGGCCCGGGUAAUGGAAACCUUACGAGAAGGAUACGACGUAAACAAGCACGCACACCGAAACCCCCAACAAAACACAGGGAGAUGGUUCUUCGACGACCCACGAGUACGCCAAUGGCGCGACAGUGCCAAUUCCAGCAUCGUCUGGCUAACAGGCCAACACGGUCGGGGCAAAUCCCAACUCACCAAAUCCCUGGUCAAGCGCGGCGGAGCCUGGUGGCAGGAAAUCGAAAGCCCUGUUGCUCCACACACGACUGUCUGCUACUAUUUCUUCCGGGCUGGCGAUCCGCGCCGAAUGACAGCGUAUCCUGCGUGCGCAGGGCUGCUGCAUCAGCUGUUUGGCUACACGCCAUCUGGGUUGAUUCACAAGGCUUCGCCGCGGUGGUGGGCGCAGACUAUCUGUGAUCCCUGGGAUCUCUUUGAGGAAUGUGCCGCUGACAACCAGGUUGGGCAGUGGGCGUGUCUCUUGGAUGGAGUGGACGAAAUGGAGCCCGAGGAGCGGAGGGUCUUGCUCGGCGAAUUCUGUCGUGUUUUUCGCGCUCUGUCUCGUCGUUCGCAAGAGGAACCACGGUCCAAGUUCAAGGUUCUUAUUACCAGUGGUCCGUUGCAAGGCGAGAUGAUGGAGGAUCUGAAGAGGCUACGUGCUGCUGCAGGAGCGGAUGAGACGGUCUUGUUUGAUGCCGAUGAGAAAGUUGGAGAGAUUGCAGACGAAAUGAAACCCUAUAUCGAGAAAACGGCCAAGUCCUUUCCUGAAGAUCAGCAACCGCGCGUCACCAGGAUGUUGAAUGAGAAUCCCAACCGCUGUUGGCUAUGGACGUAUACGGCCACCAAUUUGCUUUUUACGUUUGCCAAUCCAAAGCGAGACGAGCUGCCAUUCCCUUCAAGCGAAUUUGACAACAUGCCGCGGGAUGUCGGGGGCGUUUACGACAAAGCUCUCAAUAUAGCAUCCGCCAUAUAUGGCGCCAGACGAGUCGAGUAUCUGCUGCAUAUUAUACUUGCUGCUAAACGGCCUCUUUCCAAUAAGGAGGUGCUACUGGCUUUGGAAUUUGCAGAGUCAGACCCCGUCACAGCAGCUUCCUCGUCGACAGGACACACUUACGACGAACUCACGGAGACCCGUCCGGAAUGGGCCAACAUGGUCGAUGACCUGCAUGGAAUCAUACUUGAUAUGAGGCCCAUGCUAUCGGAUUUCGUAAAUCAGUCCGCCAGGCAGUACCUGAUCAAGUCAGACGAUAACUCGCCAUCAAUUGGAUCGUCUUGGAAAGGCCGCGUGGACAUCCGCGACGCACACGCAACGCUCUCUCGUAUCACCCUAUCCUUCCUCCUAACACUAAAGGUGCCGCCCUCAGACCUGCCGGGGGAAUGGAUCGAAUACAACGACAAUGUCAGAAGAAUGAACUUGGUUAAGAAAAAUAUGGCAUUCCUGAUCUACUCAGCCACCCAAUGGCCGUACCACUACGAUUCACAACCCGAGCCAGUCGCCAAAGCAACCAUCGAGUCAGCCCGGACUCUCUGCUGCAAAGAUGGACCCGAGAUAAACAGCUGGCUGUACCUCCACAAAGCUCCUCGCUGUGUCCAGCCAGGCGUCAUCACUGCGCUGUGUGUAGGUGCUCUUCCCCUGGCUCGAGAGAUGCUGGAGCAGCCGCAGGAUAGCAGCAAACACCACGACUCUUUGCAUCAUUUGCCCAGCGUUCCAGUAUCAAGUUGUUGUGCGCUGGAUAUAGCCAUAAGGAAUGGUUAUACUGAGAUAGGGCGGCUUCUUAUCGACAGGGGAUGGACAAUGCAUGCCAGUGCCUGCUGUGAGAAUUUGGUUUACUGGGCGGCUUGCGAUGGAAAUGCAGAGGCUGUGAACAUGCUGCUUGACCAUGGGUGGGAUAUAAACGUCAAUUCCCACGGCGAGUGCAGUCCUUUGCAUGGAGCUUGUUCCAAAGGACAUCGCGAGAUUGUGCAGAUUCUCCUAGACCGAGGCGCAAAACUCCACAUCGGCCUGAAAGUUGCAGGAAAUCCCUUGGAAGCGGCGGCUGGUAAUGGACAUUAUGAGGUUGUGCAGAUACUGUUGGACCAUGGGAUCCAUUUCCGAAUCUAUGGCAUUGGAGCGCUGUGGAGUGCGAGUAGAGACGGCCAUGUGGAGAUCGUCCGCGUGCUCUUGGCAAAGGGGUUGACACCCAAUGUUUCCCUAAGCCCGCGGUCUGGGACGGCGUUGAAUGUAGCUGCACGUCGUGGACACAGUGAGACGGUUCGCUUGCUAGUAGAUCAUGGAGCGAGGGUGACCGAAGAUGACAUCAAGGCGGCUCUUGAAAAAGGGUUUGACGACAUAGCAAAAUUGCUUACGGGUCCAUAUGCCGCCUCAUUGCUGGAUGACGACUUGCCGGUCUCAAUGGAAGACGAAAUAGAAGGAUAG